UGAUUGUGUAGGUAAGAGACAGAGAGAUGGAGAGAAAGAGCAACACAUAGACAGACAUAGACAAAUACUGAGUCUAUUAAGUGCACAUCAUCUCUGUAGACAGCAGAAGUGGUCGGACAAACACUUGCUGUAAUAUCCAACCUCUACUGUGUGUAGCACCCGCUGUGCACGAGCCACCCAGACCCGAGCUGAGAGUCACACCAGCGCAGCAGCUGUCGCGUCUGUGGCCGCUAAUCCACCUUAGGAGAGAGAUCGAUCGCUUUGGUCACAGAUGUUAGAACCCGCUCCCGCACCCCACUCCCUGCCACACUGUCCAGUAGCGCGCGCAGUCGUCUGCCUCCAAGUGGGGAGGAGGUUCGCCUGCUUCCACUCUCGCCGCCAGCGCCUCCUGCUGUGCAACAAGGGCUUUUAAACUGGAGAGAGACUACACCACGGAGAAAACAACGACUUACUCACGCACCUUUAGCGGGAUAAAAACACUUGGAUGGGAGGUAGUUGCACGAGCUUUACAGCGAGGAGUCGUUGCGACAUUACUUAACUGCGGCCGGAAGCUCUGCUUGGCUUUUUUAUUUCCAAGCGUCUCGGCAAACCCACACUGCGAAUGUACGGGAGCAGACGAUAGCGCGUGAGGCGGGAGGCGAGGCGGCAGUUCGAAGCUCAUGUUGGAUGUAGGGAGCUGUCGCUGUUGUUCAGACCCCGUGAGCCAGGAGAGGGCCAGGUGACAGCUCAGCCACGUGCGCCAGGGACACUGAGAUGCGCUCCUAUGCAGUCAGGUAGCGACAGCGGCGACAAGGCGGCGGGGAAGAGGAGUGUGGUUCCCCUUCCUGUGAGUGCUGGGCUCAGCAGCAGCAGCAACAUGGUUGUCAGUUGGCACGCCAGGCUUGAUAAAAGGCCGAGUGAACGAACAGCAGAAGAUCUUGAUGUGAUCCACAGCAAACUAAAGGAGCUCAAAGUCCUGGAGAAGUUCCACCCAUUCCUGCUUCAGCAGCUCUGCUAUUAUGGAUUUUAUGAAUGCCUAGAAAAAGGCAUUACAUUGUUUCGACAAGGAGACGUGGGGACCAACUGGUACACGGUGCUCACCGGAUCCCUGGCUGUGCUUACAUCGGAUUCGACAAGGCCAAAAGUGCAUCAGGAUGGAGUGAUGCUGUGCAUUGUUGGUCCGGGUACAUCGUUUGGCGAGGGGAUUUUGACCGGAAAACCGCACAGCGUUACAGUAGUAACCAAGGAUACCACCGAGCUGCUGCGCGUGGAACUGAAGGACUUCAAAGUUCUGUGGGAAGUAAGCCGCAACAUUGCAUCUUCUCCUCUAACUGUAUUGAGCAGUCGAAACAAGCAGCAGAUGGAGAGUGCUGUCACCCCACUAAGUGCCUUACCAUGCCUGUCUGAAGACAUGCGAAAGCUCAACUGUAACCAGUUCGUCGAGCCAGGAGACACCAUCCCCAACCCUGCCGCCCCCAUCACCACGUUCCCAUCAGAGAAAGUAGCUCACGCGGCGCACGUGCUGCGCACUGUGUUGAUGACGAGCGCCCCCUACAUGAUCAGGGACCGCAAGUUUCACCUGCGGACCUACCGUCGCUGCAUGGUGGGCUCGGAGAUGACCGACUGGCUGCUGUCGCAGAACACCCUAGUCCAGACACGGCAGCAAGGGGUGGGCAUGUGGCAGGUUCUGCUGGAGGAGGGCGUGUUGGUUCACGUGUGUCACGAGCACCAGUUCAAGGACAAGUAUCUGUUCUAUCGGUUCACCACUGACGACCAGGGGACGGGGGUGACGCCCUCUGCUGCAGACCGCAAGGCGUGUGAGGAGCAGCUGCAGGACACACUCCUGAUGCUGGCCAAGAUCGGCCCUGACGCCAUGAUGCGGAUGAUCCUCCGCAAGCCGGGGGCAGACCGGACCUUUGAAGAAAUUGAGAUCAUCUAUGAGGAGCUGCUGCACAUCUCUGCCCUUUCCCACCUGUCGUGCAUGGUCAAACGGGAGCUGGCCUCGGUCAUUGUCUUCGAAUCCCAUCCCAAAGCAGGAACUGUGCUGUUCAACCAGGGGGACGAAGGGAAGUCCUGGUAUAUUAUUCUUAAAGGUUCAGUCAACGUCGUCAUUUAUGGAAAGGGUAUUGUGAGUACACUGCAAGAAGGUGAUGACUUUGGCAAAUUAGCACUUGUAAAUGAUGCUCCAAGGGCAGCCACCAUUGUCCUCAAAGAGGAUAAUUGUCACUUUCUGCGUGUGGAUAAAGAUGACUUCAACAGAAUUCUUCGAGAUGUUGAGGCCAACACUGUGCGGCUCAAGGAGCAUGGUCAGGAUGUCUUGCUGCUGGAGAAGAUUCCGGUGACUGUGCCCACGACUGGUGGUUCCUUUCAUUCACAGUACAAGUACUCUGUAAUGGCAGGCACACCAGAAAAGAUGUUUGAAUACCUUCUGGAGACCCUUAUCGACAACAAAAGUGAGGACAGCAUGGAUACAUUUCUUCAAGACUUUUUGCUGACAUAUGUCAUUUUCAUGAGUGAUGAAUCGUUGUGUCAAGCCAUCAACAACCACUAUCAUGCUAAGUCCAAUCAGAGCAGUGACCAAGAGGCAGUUGACUUUAUAUUGUCUCACAAGAAGGGUGUAGUGCAAUUUGUGCUAGAGUGGUACAAUGUUGCUGGAGAUGCUUUCUUGGAGAAUCCUGCAAUUACCAAGUUUUUGAAGGACUUGAUUCAGUCGCUAGAGGAGGACAUGCAGAUCUAUCCCCUCUUGUCUAUGGAACAUGAACUGCUCACCAAUCUUACAAGUUAUAGUAAAAGCACUACCUCCACAGGUCGUCCAACUAAAAAGAAGGCAACACAUUCCUUGAUCAUAAGCCGAAAGUCGUCUCUAAAAUCCCAGCAAGGCUCUGAGAAGAAGAGACCAAUCAAAGCUAAAGAUGAAAAUAUAUUCAAGGUGUACUGUGCUGAUCACACAUACAGCACCCUGCGUCUUCCUAUGGAUUCCACAGUGAAGGAGAUAAUUAUUGCAGCUCGGGAUAAGCUGUGUCUAGGAGAUGACCCUGUCUUGUGUGAGGUCAAGUCCACAGGAGAGAGGAUUGUUUUCAGAGAUGAAGAUAUUUGCAUCACUACGAGUCUUAGCUUGAAUGGGAGACUUUUCAUCACGCCCCCUGAGCACUUAGAUGCUUUGACUCCCUUGCCAGAGCAAGAGGGACCCAGCACUGGAACUAGCAACACUUUAGAAAUGAUGUCAACAAAAGAGCUUGCCUAUCACAUGACCUGCUAUGACUGGGAGUUAUUCUCAUGCAUACAUGAGUACGAAUUAAUCUAUCAUGUGUUUGGCCCAUCAAAAUUUGGCCGCAUCACUGCCAACCUGGACUUGUUUUUACGUCGCUUCAAUGAAGUACAGUUCUGGGUUGUCACAGAAAUGCUACUGGUUACAAAUGUCAGCAAGAGGGUACAGCUGCUUCGCAAACUCAUCAAGCUGGCCUCACAUUGUAAAGACUUCCAGAAUCUUCAUUCAUUUUUCGCCAUUGUGAUGGGACUAAGCAACAUUGCUGUCAGUAGGCUGUCUCAGACCUGGGAGAAACUUCCUGGAAAGUUAAAGAAGCUGUUUGAGGAAUUUGAGACCAUUAUGGACCCUUCACGCAAUCAUCGAGUGUACCGCUUGACUGUCGCCAAAAUGGCUCCUCCCAUCAUUCCAUUCAUGCCGCUUCUCAUGAAAGAUAUGACAUUCACUCAUGAUGGAAAUAAAACAUACUUUGAUAACCUAGUGAACUUUGAAAAAAUGCAUAUGAUUGCACAGACCCUAAGAACUGUUGGGUACUGUCGAAGCCAACCACUGCAACUAGACCUGCCUAACACGGUGAAGGCUUCAGCAGAUACAAAGAGUUACAUUCGCAACUUGCAGGUGAUUGACAACCAAAGGGUGUUGACACAGUUAUCUCAUAAACUGGAGCCAAAAAAGUCAUAGUAACAAGACGUGCUCGUGUUUAAAAUCAGCUAAAUAGACCUGCACGAGAACCUGAAGUGAAACUGAGAGAACUGUCAAGAAUAAAGACUUUGUCCUUUUAUUUGUACAAAUUCCAGCAGAAAUGCGAGAAUCAUUAUGUUAGUCAUUUGUACAUAACAUCACAAUCUUUUCUUUUUGUUCUUGAAGUAGUCUUAGCUGCAUGCAGAAAUAAUGGUCCAUCUAGGUACAACAGAAAUUUAGACAGUAAAUUUUUGCUUUGCUUAAUUCUAGCUUAGCGCAUUGUUUGUAAGGUCAAACAUGUGACCAUCAUGAGAAUGUGAAAUGCAACACUCUCAACUGUACAAUUCAGUACUUGAAUGGUGUGAUUUGACGAUUCCAAAUGAUGUGAAUUUUGAAAGCAAAUAUUUGAGAAAUCAAACUGUGAUGAUCAUCUUUUAUGUUAUAUGUGCGAAAAACAAAAUUAUGUGCAGGUGUGAUCAAUGGUUAGAUUGACUGUUUAAUGGCUGUUGGAGCAAAACGGAAAAAGUACUGUUUUGCUCUAGUAAUUUAGUAACUGGUGGGUACUGAACUUUUUAUUUCUGACAAACAGCGGAUAUGUCUUCAAUAAAUGCACAAGCCUACAACAAGGCAGCAAGUAAACGGUUUUAGAGUGAGGAGAAAAAUAUGCAAAUGCCAUCCACUCUUCAACUCCGAAAGUGGGCAUAUUCAGAGACGUUGUGACAUGAAGGCAUAACAAAGCUAUAAAGACAUAUUAAUGCUUUUGAGGCAAAUUACAGGAAUUUUAGAUUGGGAUAAUAAUAUUCACAUCCCUCAAAUGUAUCAUCCCUAUUGUUUCUAUGUUGACAUAUGUACAUGUGGAACACAACAAACAUUUAAUUAGAAGAAGCAUAGUUUGUUUUUGCAAUUCUAGAGCUGCUGAAUACCAUUACUUCAUUCUGCUAUUUCGUUCUCUGUCAUGGAUUUAAAAAUGACAAUAUUUUUACUAUAUAUAAUCUGACUCUUACAGUCUGUUUUAAUUUCUGUGUAAAUAGAAUACUUUUUCAUUUUGAAUUUUUUGUGUGCUGUUUUUUUUUUUUGUUGCAUAUUUUGAAUUUUAACAAAAGAAAUUUACAAUGUACAAUGCAUAAAGUUUCAUCUUGACUGAACACCUUCAUUCUCUGUAGUCCUUUGCUUAUAUUUUAUAAACAUGUAAAAUGAAUAGCAACGAUAAAAGUAUGCUGCCUUAACUUCUGUUUUCUCUUGUUCUACACAUAUCGUGAUCUUAAUUUGUUACGGUCGUGCAGGAGAGGAACAGAUAAAGUUUAUUGUAUUUUCAUUUAUGCAACAUGAAUUAUGAGGUCAUUAAAUUAUAGAAAUGGAUCUAUGGCCUCAUUUUACAGCAGCACAUUCCGAGUUUAAAUAAAACAGUGAUCAACAUAUUAAAAAUUUUAACAAAACUUUUGUCAUAUUUAAUGCAGUGUAAAAUAUUGUAAGAAACUUUUGUCUAUUAGCUUUUGAUAAAGGCUCAAUUAUGAUCUAUCGUCCUGAUAAAAGAUUUUUUUUAAACAAUGCAUAAACUAAAAAUGUUGUGUAUUUCUUAGCUGCUAUCAUUUGUUUGCAGGGUAACUGAGUUUGUGAAAAAAGAAAAAUUAUACGAAAAUUACGAAACAUAAUUUUCAUUGGUUGUGAUCAUCAAUCAUGAAGUUGAAGAGAUCUAAGAAUUUCUAUUGACAAAUAAAUAAAGAAAAGAGGAC